ACCAACCUCUAAUCCUCCAGGAGCCAACCCAGCUAAGACUACAGAAAGAUGAGGAGGAUCAUUGCUGAAGAUCCAAACUGGUCCCUGGUUAUAGUGCCCUGUUUGUCAAACCUCUGUCUGCAAAGCAUUGUCACAAACUUUGAGGAAAAGCCAAUAUUUAGAGCCUUGACCCCCACCCAGAAAGCCUUUGUGCAGGAGAGAUUGUCUACCUCGGUGCCACUGCGUGUGACAGCCAACCUGAUUGGUGAUGGUGUCUACUGGAAGCGGUGCUGUGAGCAGCGGUGGGACCUUUGUGACGUCUCCCUUCAUGGCAACAGCUGGAAACAGAUGUUCUUCGCGAGGCAAAUGGAGCACGUCAUUGAGCUUUUUAUCCCAGAUGUAACGGAGCCAAAUGCCGUCCUAGAGAUGGUACCUCUUUGUAAGAACUAUGUGAAAAGGCUGGACAUCUCCCAGCUCCUGCCGCCUAUCAAGGAGCCCCAGAAAGAGGAAGAUGAAUAUGGCUCAGAGUUGGCAAGUGAAAAUGAGUACGACGGACCGUCUAUGGACCACUUUGACUUUAGCAUCCUGCUCAACAAGCUGACAAACCUGGAAGAGCUCCAUUUGGUGUACAGUGUCAAACAGUGUGGUAUGAACUUUGAAUGGGAGAUGUUUGAGAUGACUGACAGAGAUUGUGAGUCCCUCGCCAAGGCCCUUAAGUCCUGUAAGACUUUGAAGCUUCUAAGGCUCCAUCAAAGCCACGUUGAGGAUAAAAAGUGCCGUCUGCUGGUGAAAUUCCUUUUGGACCACCCGUCCCUCAGGGAGCUCGACUUCUCUCACAACCUGAUCGGAGACAAAGGAGCCAGAGCCAUCGGCAAACUGCUCACCAGGAGUAAACUGGAGACACUGAACAUGUGCGACAACGAUAUCAGAGGCCCGGGAGCCAAAGCUAUAGCUCACGCCCUGUCCAACAACUCCACCCUUUUGUCACUCAACCUGCGUCUCAACCGUUUGAGGGAUGAGGGGGGUGAGGCUAUUGGUAAGGCCUUGCUGAACAACAACAGUCUGCGUCAUCUGCACCUGGGAGGCAAUGAGGUGACGCUGCCUACUGCCAUUGCUCUGUCUAAAGUGCUAGUUCAGAAUAACACCCUGAAGAGCAUCAAUCUCUCCUGUAACAAACUGGGUGUGGAUGGAGGUCGAGCUCUGGAGGAGGCGAUGUCUCACAACACCGGUGUAACAGAAUGCGAUAUCCGCCUGACGGAGGUUGAUGAGCAGAGCGUUUCUUUCAUCAACCAGGUGGUUUGGACCAACCAGAGUUUAGAACAAAAGAGGCGUGCUCAGGAGAGUAAAGCGAAGUAGACAUCAGCAGCUCCUCUUUUUUAAUACAAUACACCGCUCUUUGUUAGUCAAUGAUCAGCA